AGUUCCUUUUGGGAAUAGCGUCCGGCGAGAUACGCGUCCCCUCGACGCUAAGUUCCUCCAUCAAGAACGCCCUCGCUAGUUGGCUGUAUAGUGUCCCUAUCAGCGGCCACUUGACGCCAAGGGUCCGGCCUCUUACUUGCGAUGGCGAGCAAUAGCAGCCUGACAGCAGUAGCUGAAAAUGGAGACAUUCCCAUUGCUGCUGGAGCCCUAGCUGCUGGCAGUUCCCGGAUCUUAGCCGCCUGCUCCUGGGAGUGUCAGACUGACCUGGCGAGUGUCUUGCGUCUCGUCUUGGAGGAGGAACUCAGCGCCUGGGACCUUUCGGGACCCCCACAGAACGGUGAGAAUGUUGUGGUUCUUGAAGGACGAUUACACAAUGACAAUGUAGCUCCCUUACUACUGUACUUGCACUGUGAUCCCCAUGGACCUGAAGAAAUUGUCGGUCUUGGCAUUGUAAGUGAGGCACGGAACAUGGAAGUCUACAUCGGGGAUGAGUACUGUGCAACUGGGAGAGGAGAGAAAGUCUUUACUAUCCAACAUGACAGCAAAAAUGACCAGGUUACAUUAUACAAAAAGUAUCUUAAAUUGGAGUUCUCUGCAGCUUCUUGUAAGAUUAAGCUACUGUCCAUCUGUGAAAAGCAAAGAGUACUUAUCAGUAAAAUCUUAGUACAAGUCAAGUCGGUUGGUACAAAAUCUGGGCCAGACGUUGCUGCGCUAGGAUCAGGAAUAGACCUAUGCAAAGUGCAAACAAUAAUGGAAUCUAUGGGAUCAAAAUUAUCACCUGGGGCUCAACAGCUGCUGGAUAUGGUUCGCUUUCAACAGAAGAAUGGACUUCCUUUUGGUAGCAAGUUACAAAAUAUCUUUGGGAAAAAUGGAUUUGGGUUUGAAAAUAAUCAUACCAUUGAUGGAUUGAAAAAGGUAGCUGAUCUUCAAAGAUUAGACCACUUGUCCAAUGGGCCCUAUCUUCUAAAAGCUCGUUCAGCCACUGGAAUGGUUCUACAAGAUUUAAAGAUGCACAUGGGUAUGGACAAACAGAUUCCCAAUACAUGUAACGUAUUGGAGCCUCCAGGACUUCAGACUCCACAGCCCAGUGCUCUACUUUCUCAACAUGACUUUAAAGGUUUGGUGUCAUCGUUUUUGCAAGAGCAAGGAAAUGAAAACCCAAAUAUGCCCAAUUCCAUGCUGCUGCUUCCAUUUCUUCAAACUGUAUGUGGUCAAGUAAAUCGUUUACGAAUAGAUGAAAGGAAUAAACACUUUGAGAACAAUUCUGUUUCAGAAGAGGAUGGGAUUCGAACUGUUGGUGUGGCACAGCAGCCUGUUUGUCUGCACUUGGAGAAGAUCAUCUCCAAAAGCAUGGAACUGAUGGAGAAGAGAUUAAUGGACCAUAUUGAUCUACGUAUGCAGAAACUUCAGGAACAUCUAGAUAACAAAGUUGCUGCUCUGUUGGAUUUGGUUCAGAAUUCCAAUAAUGUUUCACAAGAACAUGAUCCUUCAAGACCAGAAUGUUCAAAUGGAAAGAGAUAGGCAAACUUUGGAAAAUGGAAGAUCUCAACAUAAAUGUUUUCCAAGGACAAGUAUUUAUUUUGCAAGCUUUUCAAAACUGUAUGCUUAUCAGUUUGUAAAUAUUUAAAAUCUCAGUAUUUGUACUUGUUACUGUAAUUUAUCCAGUAUUGUACACUAAUGUUAGUGUUUGUAUAUCUGUAACUUGCAAAAAAACCCCUCAAAACUCAAUAUUUUUACAGUUCAAAUAUUUUUUCUAUAUCUACUUAUGACUUAUUUAUGAAUGUUAUUGAAAUUAAAGAUUUCAAAAAAGUAACUGUUUUUGAAUGUCUACCACU